CUAUCUCUGAUUUGGGAGGGAAACCGAAAACCCCUUCUUUAAAUCUCUCAACCCUUGCAUUCAUUUCAUUCAUUCAGCUCUCCUACUGCCAUUUACAGAGGAAGAGAGGGAAUCCUAAGCUCAACAAUGUUUGCAGCAGAGAAUGGACUCAAGGGAGACCCAAGGCUUCAAGCCAUCUCUGAUUCUAUUCGGGUUGUACCCGACUUCCCAAAGAAGGGAAUAAUGUUCCAAGAUAUAACGACGUUGUUGCUGGAUCACAAGGCGUUCAAGCACACUGUUGACAUAUUUGUUGAUCGCUACAGGGACAUGGGUAUUUCUGUUGUUGCUGGGGUUGAAGCUAGAGGAUUCAUGUUUGGUCCACCGAUUGCCUUAGCUAUUGGGGCAAAGUUUAUCCCUUUGCGAAAACCUGGAAAGCUGCCAGGUCAAGUAAUAUCUGAAUCGUAUGAGCUGGAAUAUGGGACAGAUUGUUUAGAGAUGCAUGUUGGUGCUGUUCAGCCAGGUGAACGCGCUUUAGUGAUUGAUGAUUUGGUUGCAACUGGUGGCACUCUCUCAGCAGCCAUAAGAUUGUUGGAACGAGUAGGAGCUGAAGUUGUUGAAUGCGCCUGUGUUAUUGGAUUGCGUGAGGUUAAGGGGCAGCGCAGGCUUAAUGGGAAACCACUUUACAUUCUUGUGGAGCCUCGCGAAAUAGAUAAUUGUUGUUAAGGAGCGGCGCAGGCUUAAUGGGAAACCACUUUGCAUUCUUGUGGAGCCUCGCGAAAUAGAUAAUUGUUGUUAAGAGGAUGAUGUUGAGCAACUGCUUCACAAUUGUCAAUUCUUGGACUAAUGAGGGCUCCCCUGCCCAAUAUCCCACCAUGCCCAUCCUGUAUAAUUCUUUGUUCUUUGUUCUUUUUUUUCCUUCCCCCUAGGAAUGAAGCUUUGUACCACUCACAGCUGAACAAUCCAUGCAAACAACUUAUUGUUGGCCAAUUAAAUGUGCAUUUCUUUC